AUGUUGUCCAUUCUGCGAAAAGCACGACUGAAGGAUAAAGAGAUGCGAAUUCUGAUGCUCGGGCUUGACAAUGCAGGAAAGACAACCAUUGUGAAACGGGUCAUGAAUGAAGAUGUCAAUACUGUCAGUCCAACACUGGGCUUCAUCAUCAAGACUAUUGAUUUUCAAGGCUACAAACUGAAUAUAUGGGAUGUUGGGGGUCAGAAGACCAUUCGAACAUACUGGAGGAACUACUUUGAGAAGACCGAUGCUCUCAUUUGGGUGGUCGAUGCCACGGACCGGCUGAGAAUCGAGGACUGCAAACUAGAACUCAAAGGACUGCUUCUGGAAGAGAGGCUAGCUGGCGCAAGCUUACUGGUCUUUCUCAACAAGACAGAUGUACCUGGGUGCUUGAGCGAACACGAGGUCAAGAAAGGUCUUGAGUUGGAAAGAAUCUUAACCCAUCGAUGGGUUGUUGUUCCAUGUAGUGCAAUGACUGGUAACAAUCUUGACAAGGGCCUGGAUUGGGUUGUCCAAGAUGCAAGGGACCGGUUAUUCUUGUAUUAA